UCAAUCAGCACUUUAGGGGCGGGAUUUAUAUGAAUACGGGUGGGUAAAAAAAAUUAACGCCCGAUUUGAAGGUGUUUAGUUGGGCCGCAAGUGGACGCAAUUUGUAUUGGAGAUGAGUUUUGAGUGGCCCUGGCAGUACAAUUUCCCCCCAUUUUUCACACUACAGCCCAAUGUUGACACGAGGCAGAAGCAGCUAGCGGCUUGGUGCUCCCUCGCCCUCUCAUACUGCCGCCACAGGAAGCUCUACACUAUGGAUGUUCUGGAGGCGCAGGAGAGCCCCAUGUUCAACAACAAGAAGAUCGAGAGAAAACUUUCCGUUGAGGCCAUACAAGUCGUCUUUGAGGAACUGAGGAAAAAAGGGAACCUGGAAUGGAUGGACAAAAACAAAACGCGCUGUUUAAUCAUGUGGCGAAGACCCGAGGAGUGGGGCAAGCUGAUUUAUCAAUGGGUGUCUAAAAAUGGCAUGGUGAAUUCAGUGUUUACACUUUACGAGCUUUCUAAUGGCGAAGACACAGAAAGCGAAGAGUUCCAUGGGCUGGAGGAGUGGAUGCUGCUGCGUGCACUGCAGGCCCUGCAGGCUGAAGGCAAAGCAGAGAUCAUCACAAUGGACGACGGCAAAGGAGUCAAAUUCUUCUGAUUUUACCAAAUCACAAUUUUUCUCGGGACAGUGUUGAGAUGUCUUAAGCCCAGUCUGAUCUUUUUUUGUUGUUGUUGUUUUGUUUUGAUCUAUUGGGCUUAUCACUCCGGUGGAUGGGCUUUAGGGUUUGGAUUUCCGGACACAGAUUAAGCAGAUUAAGCAGAAUCCUGGAAAAUUAAAAACAAACAAAAAAAAAUCUGUCUUAAGAUGUGACUGGAAGCCCAGGCCAAAACAUCAUAGCACUCCAUUAUGUAGUCAUUGCAUUGAAAGUCAUAACUGUGUAGAUAAACCUAACGACAUUAAUAAUUUCGUUGUUGGAACUAUUCUGAAUUGGUGAUUUUUACACCUUACAAACUGAAGAUGACUCAGAAGCCUAUUCCAUGAGUUUGAUGUAGGAUUUCACUUGCAAUGCGAAAGACUGAAAGCUCAGUCAACUGCUACGGCAUAUCAGAAAAAAAAAAAAAAAUAUCUAUAUCUAUUUUUGAGUCAACUUGUCAGUUUGAUUUUUUUUUUUUCUUUUAGUGCUGUAAAUUCUGACAGACUCUCAUUCUACUUGAAUAUCUCCUGUGUGUGAUACCACAAACCUUACAAAAUUCUUACUGGGAGUCACCGGAUGCUUCCUUUCCAAGACACAUGAAGACACAAACCAAUUGUCCUUAUGCCAGUUCUGGCAGUUUGGUUGCUGAAACUUUCCAGUAGCACUAUUAGUCUUGUCUGUGUCCGUCUAAAACCACCUUUUAUACCAUGAUAAUACUGUAAAAAAUAAAUAAGAGGGGUUUUCUUUUCUCAUU